GAAUUGAACAGAACUGCACAUUUCAAUUUCCAAAUCAGUGGUCAGCUUGUAUUUAGAGAUUUUAGACAGGGGACUUUUAUGUCGUUUCGUCGGUGACGUCAUCAGUCAGCUCCGCGCUCCUGUUUGUUCUGAACAGGCUCGACCAAGGGGCCUCCACUGGCUGCCUGUCCAAUUCAGAAUUGAUCUUCAGUGCUUUCACUGGUAUAUAAAUCCCUUCAUAAUCCAGUCCCAACCCAUCUUUCGGAGCUGUUGCACUUUCAGAUCAAGUGAUUAAAUCUUCUUGUAGCUCCUCAGUCCAGACUGAAACACAGAUGGGACAGAGCUUUCUCUGUGAGAACAGAACAGCAGAUUAUUAUAAAGAUGGCGUUUAUUAAAGAGGAGAGUGAAGAUGUGGAGAUUGAAGAAACAUUCACAGUCAAACAUGAAGAGACUGAAGAAGCUUUCAGAGUCAAACAUGAAGAUCCUGAGGAACAAACAGACCUGAUGCUUCUGAAAGAGGAAAAUCAGGACCUGAAAGAUGUGCAAGAGGAGGAUCAGCCUGAAGAACAACUUAAUCUCAAAACUCGGACAACAAAUAAGUCUUACUUGCAAAAAAGUGUCCCGGAGACUAAUUCCAGUACCUGCCAGCAGUGUGGAAAGAGUUUCAGUGGGAAGCGAAACCUUGAGGUGCACAUGAGGAUUCACACUGGAGAGAAGCCGUUCACCUGCCAACACUGUGGGAAGAGCUUCACUCAAAAGGGGAACCUUAAAAGCCACAUGAUAAUCCACAGCGGAGAGAAGCCUUACGCCUGCCAAAUCUGUGGGAAGAAGUUUGCUCAAAAACGAAACCGCGCCGACCACAUGAGACUGCACACCGGAGAGAAGUCCUUCACCUGCAACCUGUGUGGAAAGAGCUUCACUCAGAAAGGCAAUCUUAAAAGCCACUUGAUCAUUCACAGCGGAGAGAAGCCUUACAGCUGCCAACAGUGCCAAAGCACCUUCACUCAAAAGGUGCACCUUGAACAACACAUGAAAGUCCACAGCGGAGAGAAGCCGUUCACAUGCGAUCAGUGUGGAAAGAGCUUCACGCUCAAAGACUCUCUCGGCUCCCACAUGAGAGCUCACACAGGAGAAAGCCAGUUUAUCUGUCAUCAGUGCGGGAAAAGCUUCAAUCACAAAAAAAGCUUCAAUAUUCACCUGAGAGUUCACACCGGAGAGGAGCCGUACACGUGCUGUUGGUGUGGACGGAGUUUCAGAUAUAAAGCAUCCCUCGAUGUCCACAUUAGAGUUCACACAGGGGAAAACCCUCAUACCUGCCGACUCUGCGGGAAGAGCUUCACACAGAAGGGCUCUCUUAAGGCACACAUGAUCAUUCACACUGGAGAGAAGCCGUUCACAUGUGUUCAGUGCGGAAAGAGCUUUAGACGAAAACUAACCUUGAACGAACACGUGAAGAUUCACAUUGAGAGUGAACUAUUAGAUCAAUGUAAUGCAGCUACAUCAACGUGUAAAGAUUCACUAACAUGAAACACUUGAAGAUACUAAAGUAACUGGAGAGAUGUUUGCCAGCACUACCUGCAAGAUUAGCGCUUCCUUGAUUGCUGCAGUCUUGAAGAUUUGUGCCCCAACCCUACCUAAACACACUUGAACAAGCUAAUCAAGGACUUAGUGUUAAACUGUGGCAACACGGCACCUCAUCAGUGUGUAAAGAUUCACCUACAAGAAACACUUGAAGACACUGUGAAGUACCUGAAAACAUGUUUGCCAGCACUACCUGCAAGCUGAGCGCUUCCUGGAUCGUUGCAGUUCUGAAGAUUUGUGCCUCAACCCUAUUUAAACACACUUGAACGAGCUAAUCAAGGUCCAUCGAGGUGUCAAACUGCACUUUUCGGCUCAUUGACUUUAAUUCAUAAGCAUGCCAAUUGCAGCAGACCAAAAACGCAAGUUCUGACAACAAGUUUUUGAUGUCAGUGUAUUCGAAAGUUCAAGCUUGGUGAACUCUGACCUGCAACAUCACAUCACGUGAUUGUGUGAGACCGAUAGAAGAGCAAAGCUUGACCUCUCUGUACAGAAAAUUGAAAUAUGGAGCAGUUGCUCGAUUUAUUAAUGUCGGAUAAUCUUUAAUCCUGCCCUUUUUCGCAGCGCAUUAUUCAGUGUGUCUGUCCACGUUUUGCACUUGUUUAAAUUCUAUUUAAUGUAGCACACAUAAUUGCCGUCUUUUUGUGGCUAUCGUGACCUGACGCUUGACACUGUGAACAUCAGUAAAGAUCGUCAAUUGUU